AUGAGGACCGAGAUGCAGGCUGAGGAGGCGGUGAUGCUGGUGCCUGAAGAGACGAUGGAGUCGCACUUGUACCACAUUCGCUACUUUGCCGGACACACGGGGCGCUACGGUAACGAAUUUUUGGAAUUUGACAUCCGCGACGAUGGAACGCUGAAGUACGGCAACAACAGUCGCUACCGGAAUGAGAACAUUAUCAAGAAGCAGGCCCGUGUGUCUCCUGCGGUGUUAGAGGAGAUCAAGCGGAUCAUCAUCACCUCAGCAGUUCUUGAGAGCGACGACGAGAGGUGGCCACAGCCUGACAGGAACGGGCGACAGGAGCUGGAGAUUCACUUGGGGAACACACACAUCUCCUUGGUGACGAACAAAAUUACUUCGAUAAGUGAGGUGGAGAAGGCUGACGACUCAAAGGGGCUUGAGACGUUCUAUUACUUUGUGCGUGACAUCAAGUCGUUGGUGUUGGCCCUUGUGUCACUCCAUUUUAAGAUAAAGGCUUGCUAA